GCCAGGUGGCGGGCAAGAUGGCGGACUGAGUGGCGGUGGCUUCCCCGUUUCUAAAUGAUGAUAUAUAUUCACAGCAAAUAUAGAAACACAUACGUCAUGUAUUAGUUUUUUUCUUAAGACCGCGAAACAGAAGUUGAGUUUGGAGCGAUGGAGUGUUAGCUGAAGUGAAGAUUGAAGACGUCGUAGAAGAUGGACGACUACUGCUAUGCUAAGAUGGCGACGUCCGGUAAAAGAGAACCACCAACAGAGAUAAAGACGAAAGAUGAAGACGUCCAGCAGUUGAUCGGUAAUCCAGAAGAAGUUUCCCCUCAGUCAUGGGGGAGCUCCACUUUGAAGCAGGAGACUCCACAACCACCCUGCAUUAAAAAGGAAGAGGAGGAACUCUGGAUCACUCAGGAGGGAGAGUGUCUUCUAGGACGAGAGGAAGCUGAUUACACCAAGUUUCCACUGAGUAUUCUCUCUGUGAAGACUGAAGAUGAUGAAGAGAAUCUACAAGUAGACAACCUCUUAGCUCCACUAUCAGAUAGUGAGGCUGAAGACGAGGUUGAAGAACCUUUGAGCAGCGAUACAGACUGUGAAGAUGAUAUGAGGACUCACAUUUACAACAAACACUCUGAAUGCUCUACAAAGAAGAGAGAGCGUUUUUCUGUGCACCAAGCUAUGCAGCUACUUGGGUUGAUUGAUGAAGACAACUCAGAUUUAGACCUAUAUGACAAUGAUGAUCCCAUCCUGGAUGAAAAUUACCAACCAUCAGCACAGGAGGAAAGCAGCAGUGACGACGAGGACCCCAUUCCUGAGCCCACAGAGCACAGCAGAGGACAUAAACGUUGCCGUGGUGCAGAUAAUGGGAUAGAGAGUACAGGGACGGGUUCACCCCACACUCCCAGACGUCGAUGUCGAACUGGACCGACUGAUCAUGAAGAAGAUGACUCGGAGGAGCCGACACCAGGACCAAGCCAAACCAAAGAAAAUAAAAAAGGAGAGUCCAAACAAAGACGUGGAAUACGCUGGAAGGCUACUCCAUUGACGCCAAACCUUGCAGAGUAUCAGCAUGAGGACAAAACUGAUCUGGACAGACAUGGCUGGACCCCACUAGAGUAUUUUGACCAGUACAUCGAUAGAGAUCUGAUGACACUGAUUUCGGAAUGUUCUAAUGCCAUGUCAGUGUCGAGGAGUGGGCAGCCACUCAACAUGUCAGUCGAUGAGGUCUACCACUUUUUUGGUGCCUGUAUUUUAAUGUCUUGCAUCCCAUACCCAACAAUUAGGAUGUAUUGGUCCAAAGCCUUUAAAAUCACUGCCAUCACUGACAGAUUCACGCGUGUCAGAUUCUUCAAAGUGAGGGGAGCAAUAAAAGUGGUAAUUGAUGAUGAUGUGCCUGAAGAUCUGAAGAUGUCUGACAAAUUCUGGAAGGUGAGGCCUUUUCUGGAGCGGAUUCUGCGAGGCUGCAAGUCUCUGAAUCGACCUGAUUGCACAUCUAUCGAUGAGCAAAUUAUACCUUUCACGGGAGCCUGUCCGUACAGACAAUAUCUACCAAUGAAGCCCAACCCAGUUGGGAUAAAGAACUUUGUGUGUGCUACUGCAGAUGGUAUUGUGCUUGACUUUGAGCUCUAUCAAGGUGCACAAUCACUGAUCGAGAAGGUCGAAGAACCCGAGGGCCUGGGCUUGGGAAGCUUAGUCAUCGAGCGUCUUUGUCAAACCCUGAAACCCGGCACAAAAGUGUAUUGUGACCGGUUCUUCUCCACCAUCAAAGGUGCUCAACGAAUGAUGGAGAAGGAGCUGUACAUUACUGGUACAAUAAUGAAGAACCGACUCGCUGGAGCGAACGACAAGUUACCCAGUGACAAAGCCAUGAAAAGCGCAGGAAGAGGUACCUCAUCAGAAGUGUCCACUGAAGAUGGAAAAUUGUGUGUAGUGAAGUGGUACGACAACAAGCCAGUAUUGCUGAUGUCUGUUGUUCACGGUACACAGCCUGAGGACACCUGCCAGCGCUGGGACAAGAAGUUAAAACAAUAUGUCACUGUUUUGCGACCAAGCAUUGUCCGUGAGUACAACACCAAGAUGGGUGGAGUUGACUUGAUGGAUAGAAUGAUGAGUUACUAUCGCAUGAGCACCCGUACGAAGAAGUGGACAAUGCGGAUAGUCAUGCAAUUCACGGAUCUGGCUUUAGCCAACAGCUGGCUACUCUACCGCAAAGACCAUGCAAUAUGUGCUGGACCAAAGACAAAACCCAUCCAGUUCCUUGAGUUCCGUAUGGAAGUGGCAAAUAUCCUCUUGGCCCAGCAUCACGGUGCAGAUGCUGACCUAUCGGAACAAUCAGAGGAAGAAGAUGCACAACAUGGGGUAAAACGCCAUGUGACACAGGUGCCCCAUGUCUCGGUCCGCAGGAGGGCUAAUGCCCACCUCCCAGAGAUGAUGGGCCUGAGGAAUGCCAUGCGCUGCAGACUACCAGGCUGCACUGGAAGAACCCGAGUGCGUUGUGUGACCUGCAAGGUGUUCUUGUGCUUGCAAACAGAACGCAACUGUUACUCAGCCUUUCACAGAUGAUGGCAGAUGGCAUGAUGGCAGAGAUUUUUGUCACAUUAGGUGUUUGUGUGCUUGUGUGCGCGCGCGCGCGGGCAGUGUUGGGACUAACGCGUUACAAAGUAACGCGUUACUGUAACGCCGUUAUUUUCGGCAGUAAUGAGUAGUGUAACACAUUAUUUUUUUAUAUUCAGUAACUCAGUUACCGUUACUGCGUUAUUUUACGCAAUUUUUUAUAUAGUAUCGGCUAGAAACUGAGAAGAUCUGAGUGUGUUUUAUUGAAGAGCUGCGGUGUCGUCCUUCUGAUUCUUCCUGUGUCACAAAGAGAGCGCGCUGUGUGUGUGAGUGUAUGUGUGGGGCGAGGGGACGUGUCUGUGUUUACUAACAAGACAUCAUGGCGAAGCCGUAGCCGAGUUUCUUAACAUGGAGAUAUUCUCACUACUUUACUUUUGUCGAGCACAAAGACAAGAAAAUUAUAGUUAAAUGUAAGUUGUGUCUUGGAUCAAAGAUCCCAUCUACUGCCCAAAACAGCAAUUAAAAUCGGCUGAAACAGCUACAAAAGCAACAUGCUUCGACAAAGCUAGUAAAGAGAUACACACUUCACCUAAGGAUUUUAACGGAGGCACUGCUAGCCAGGACAACAUUGAUAAAGCCAUUGCAGCGUAUGUGCUAGAAGUCAUGUAGGCUAUUUCUACAGUGGAGUCACCCGCUUUCAGGCAGCUAAUUAGCAUGAUUGCGGGCGUCAAACGACAAAUGGCACGAAAACAUUUUCCAAGUACCUGGACACAGUGGACAGUGAGCACAUAAACAUGGAAAGCGUGCUAAAGAAAACUCUCCAAACUCUGCCUUUGCUCAUCAUUCAGCACUGAAGGUACACACACUCUGUCAAUUCUCUUAUAUACUCUUUCAUUCUAGACUUCUAGAGUGUUUGAUUAUCACAUCACUGUAAAUGUAUAGACCAGGGGUCACCAACGCGGUGCCCGCGGGCACGAGGUAGCCCGUAAGGACCAGAUGAGUAGCCCGCUGGCCUGUUCUAAAAAUAGCUCAAAUAGCAGCACUUACCAGUGAGCUGCCUCUAUUUUUUUAAUUUUAUUUAUUUACUAGCAAGCUGGUCUCGCUUUGCUCGACAUUUUUAAUUCCAAGAGAGACAAAACUCAAAUAUAAUUUGAAAAUCCAAGAAAAUAUUUUAAAGACUUGGUCUACACUUGUUUAAAUAAAUUCUUUUUUUUUUUUUACUUUGCUUCUUAUAACUUUCAGAAAGACAAUUUUAGAGAAAAAAUACAACCUUAAAAAUGAUUUUAGGAUUUUUAAACACAUACACCUUUUUACCUUUUAAAUUCCUUCCUCUUCUUUCCUGACAAUUUAAAUCAAUGUUCAAGUAAAAACGUUUUUUUUAUUGUAAAGAAUAAAAAAUACAUUUUAAUUUAAUUCUUCAUUUUAGCUUCUGUUUUUUUGACGAAGAAUAUUUGUGAAAUAUUUCUUCAAACUUAUUAUGAUUAAAAUUCAAAAAAAAUAUUCUUGCAAAUCUAGAAAAUCUGUAGAAUCAAAUUUAAAUCUUAUUUCAAAGUCUUUUGAAUUUCUUUUAAAAUUUUUGUUCUGGAAAAUCUAGAAGAAAUAAUGAUUUGUGUUUGUUAGAAAUAUAGCUUGGUCCAUCCAUCCAUCCAUUUUCUACCGCUUAUUCCCUUUGGGGUUGCAGGGGCGCUGGAGCCUAUCUCAGCUACAAUCCGGCGGACAAGUCGCCACCUCAUCGCUUGGUCCAAUUUGUUAUAUAUUCUAACAAAGUGUAGAUUGGAUUUUAACCUAUUUAAAACAUGUCAUCAAAAUUCUAAAAUUAAUCUUAAUCAGGAAAAAUUACUAAUGAUGUUCCAUAAAUUAUUUUUUAAAUUUUUUCAAAAAGAUUCGAAUUUGCUAGUUUUUCUCUUCUUUUUUUCGGUUGAAUUUUGAAUAUUAAAGAGUCGAAAUUGAAGAUAAACUAUGUUUCAAAAUGUAAUAGUCAUUUUUUUCCGUGUUUUCUCCUCUUUUAAACCGUUCAAUUAAGUGUAAAUAUCAUUAAUUAUUAAUAAUAACAGAGUUAAAGGUAAAUUGAGCAAAUUGGCUAUUUCUGGCAAUUUAUUUAAGUGUGUAUCAAACUGGUAGCCCUUCGCAUUAAUCAGUACCCAAGAAGCAGCUCUUGGUUUCAAAAAGGUUGGUGACCCCUGGUAUAGACUAUAAAGUUCACAAACAUAAAGAGGGAUCCUAGUGGGCCAGGCCAAUCUUUCCUUUUCUCUAAACUAAAACUGGGGAAAUGCGUAGCGUGUUCUGGGCUUCACUGAAGACAUGAUUUUAUUUCACAAUUCCUUGAGAGAAAAAAACGCCUGGUUAAGCUUUGUGUGUAUAGCAGUAUGUGUGCUGUAUAUAGUGACAUGACAUAUAAUCAUGUCAUGUGUGCCUUCCUUGGGUGAAGCCAGGUUUACAGCUAUGUUGUGACAUGUUGUUAUUAUGCGGUUUGUUACUUAUGUAUGUUUUGUUGCAGCUAUUUAUAAUCGUUUUGUCAAUUUGUUCUGGCCCAAAAUAAAUUGGACCUUUGAAACAUAUCUUUGUCUUUGUGUGUUGUAUGUAGACCACAUUGCUUAGCAGAGUUCAGUGAUGCAAAUGCAUGUCAAGUUGAUCAACAGAUUGUAUUAUUCUCCAGUGCAAUAACAGUACUGACAUGAAGGCUAAAAGGGCAUUAAUGGGAGCCUUAAAACAAAAACAAAAAAAUUAACUAAAUAGUUACUUUUCACAGUAACACAUUACUUUUUGGUGUAAGUAACUGAGUUACUUUUGAAAUAAAGUAACUAGUAACUGUAACUAGUUACUGGUUUUCAGUAACUAACCCAACACUGCGCGCGGGUGGGUGUGAGUGUGAGCGUGUGAGAUUAAUCACAUUCGUCCUCCAACUCCUCUCUGCUCAGAUUCUGUGAAGGUCAUCAGGUGACCCCUGGGCCUCCGUACGCAGGCUGGGUCCUUCUGUCCUCAAUGUUCGCACCCUUUCGCAUACCCUUUUUGUUUUACAGUACGAAUACAACAUUUCACAUGAGCCAUACUGUGACUGUCAAAAAGGGGCAACAUUUUUAUUUAUUGAUUUUCACUAUGACGUUCCGUCAUUUGUUGUACGUACCAUGUACAUACCGUGACGAUUUUAAAAUGUUUUGAAUGUGUUAUAUUUUGUUACAGGCAAACAAUCUCAUCCUGCAAUUACUGUUUGCACUGUUGCAGCUUUUCAAAUGAUUCAUGCAUUAGUUUUAACUGUCCAAAGGGGCAAAAGUGCAAUGUUUCCAUGUUGUUUUUACUCUGAUAUUCAAAACAUGUUCAAAAAUGUGUGUGUAUGUGUUAUUAAUACAUGCAAAAGCAGUCAGGAAAAAGACUGCUGUGUUCAAGGU